AUGCCACAAUACAAUUGCCAGUUGAACAGAAGAGUUACUGCUCUCCAAAAAUCUGUGAAAAUGUUGGCUGAACUUUUAGAAGUUGAUGAUUGUCAGAGUAAUCCUUGUAAAAACGGAGGUACUUGUCAAGAUUUAUUUAAUGCUUUUCUAUGUCAAUGUCCACCUGAGUGGGAGGGGCCUUUUUGCGACAAAGAUGUAAACGAAUGUGCCAGAUUUGCAGGAACGGAUUUAGGGUGUCAAAACGGCGCAACUUGCGUUAACCGGCCAGGUUCAUACGAGUGUUUGUGUUCCCGUGGAUGGUUUGGACUUCACUGCAGACGGCGAAGCGUAGAUUGUAGAGAAGGUUCCAAUUCAGAGCUUUGUGGUCACGGCACUUGUGUCACACAAUAUAAUGAUGUUGGAUAUAAAUGUAUUUGUGAUGAAGGAUGGACAACAGAUGGUAAAACUCCAGCUUGUAAUACUGAUGUUAAUGAAUGUACAUCAAAUAAACCUCCUUGUUCUGUUAAUCCGCUUGUACAGUGCAUUAAUCUACCGGGAUCUUUCCACUGUGGUAGCUGUCCAGCUGGAUACACUGGCAAUGGCUACUACUGUACAGACAUUGACGAGUGCAGUACAACAUUAAACGGGGGAUGUAGUACCAAUCCAAUGGUACAGUGUAUCAACACUCUUGGAUCGAGAUUUUGCGGAAGUUGUCCUCCUGGAUACGUAGGAGAUGGAGUAACSUGUUCAUAUCAAGGAGUAUGUAGCGUAAAUAAUGGGGGUUGUCACUCUUUGGCAACUUGCAGAAGUAACCCAAGGAUUAGUUCUACUUUUGUCGAAUGUAUUUGCCCUAAUGACUACACCGGUAAUGGAAUUGGACRUAAUGGUUGUGUCCGUUCGUUGCCUGCAGCUCAAGGUCCUUGUACGUCAAAUCCUUGUAGACGUGGAUUUUGCAGAGUUACUAAUGGGACCGAUUACACGUGCCACUGUCCCAGAAGAUAUACAGGUAAAAACUGUGAAAAAUUCCGCGAUUUAUGUGCUUCCAACCCGUGCCAAAAUGGAGCAACUUGCAACUCAUUCUUGGGCAUAUCUUACCAGUGUUUGUGUCCAUCGGCUUAUACAGGAUUGCGUUGUGAAACUGAAAAACAAGCUUGUGGUGGUCGCUUGGUGGGAGAAACUGGUGCAUUGGUUUUUCCUUCGGGUUCUUCACAGACUUACGGAAGUGCAAUGAGUUGCGCCUGGAUCAUAGAAACAAAUGUUACCAAAGUCCUAAAUAUCACUUUCAAACGUUUUGAUGUCGAAGGAUCUCAUGGUUGUCGUUAUGACUGGCUACAGAUACAUGAUGGGAAAAAUACACUAGCACGAUCUUUGGGUAGAUUUUGUGGGCACCAGUUACCAAAUGGCGGAAAUAUUGUUACGACUCAUAAUACUGUCUAUCUGUGGUUUAGAUCGGACCAUUCUGUUGCAGCGGAAGGUUUUGAAUUAAACUGGACAUCGAUUGUACCAUUUUGUGGAGACCAAUUGAAAGAAGUGAUUUCUCAUGGAAUUAUCCAGUCACCCGGAUCUCCUGGCAACUACCCAAAUAAUCGUGACUGUUAUUGGCCACUCCAAGCUCCAGCAGGAAAACGCCUUCUGUUCCAUUUCUUCACUCUGAUGAUUGGAAAUAACUCAGCCUGUGAUCAUGAUUAUUUAGAAUUUAUUACUGGAACUGAACCAUCAGAUCCAGUUUUCGCCAAAUUUUGUAAUACAACUCAUCCGUCUCCACUAUUUUCUCCAUCUGCCGAGGUUUUGGUCCAUUUCCACUCUGACAUGGAUAAAAAUUACCCAGGAUUUCAAAUUACAUAUUCUGUAGUCGAAGGAAUGCCGGGAUGUGGGGGAGUUUACACGAGAUAUCAAGAUGAAAUUCGGUCUCCCGUGUAUAACGGAAAUUACCCGAACGAUAUUCAGUGUGAAUAUAAAAUCCAACUGUCGACAAGUACACGAAUAAAAUUAACUUUUCUUUCGUUUGAUGUCGAAGAUUCUGAAGAGUGCCAAUUCGAUUAUGUUGCAAUUUACGCGGGUACUACAGUAGAUGCUCCCUUAAUUGGCAAGUAUUGUGGGCAAAACGUACCCUCACCAUAUAUCACCGAAAAAAGUCAAGUUUUAAUUGUGUUUAAAACCGAUUGGAGUACUAGUGGAGAAGGCUUUGCUCUUCGAUAUGAGACUGUUUGUGGAGGAACUUACACUGCACCUUCUGGUGUAAUAGAAUCUCCAGGUUAUCCAAACAAAUACGAUCAUUCUUUGGAAUGCAUCUACGAAAUAGUACAACCUCUUGGAAAUAUCAUUAAACUAAAUAUCGUUGAUCUGGAUUUAGAGAGUAACACUUAUCCCGAUUGCAUCUACGACUUUUUGGAAAUAAGAGACGGCCACGACAAAAACUCAACAUUAAUAGGAACUUACUGUGUCAACAAUGUACCUUUGAUAGUGUCAACUUACAAUUACCUAUGGAUAAAAUUCGAAUCGGAUUCCAGUAAUAACGGAAAGGGAUUUAGAGCAAAUUAUACAACCACUAAUUUAGGUUGUGGAGGCAUAAUGAAAGACAAAACUGGUAUUUUUUCAACACCAAAAUAUCCCCAAGUCUACCCUCCCGGCACAGUGUGUAAGUGGAUAAUUUCAGCUCCACCUGGUAAUGUCAUUCAAAUAACUUGGUUGAAUUUUCAACUCGAGAAAAGUGUUGAAUGUUCAUACGAUGCUGUGGAAGUUUUUGAUAAUAAUACUGAGAUUGGUCAGGGGUCUUCAAUUGGAAAAUUCUGCGGUACACUCGUUCCGCCGGCAAUGUUAAGCACUUCGAAUUUAGUCACCAUCAUUUUUCACUCGGACCAAACUUACAAUUUGGGUGGUUUUGUGGCUUCUUACAACACUCUUCUUGAAUCAACAGCUUUAAUGUAUUAUUUUAUAACUUGCACAAUUACCGAGAAAAAAUACAACUUACUACUAACUCACCGUGAACAUCGUUCAACAUUUCUGGAUUGUUCUGAAUACCUAUACCGGUGUCAAUGGAACAUCACCGUCCGUAGUGGUAGGACAAUAGAAAUGGAAUUCUUGUCCUUCAAUAUACACCACGAUACCAACAAAGGUUGCGACAAUUAUCUUAUGAUCCGAAAUGGAAAAUUUCCAGAUUCGCCAAUCCUCGGCAGUGGUAAAUAUUGUGGAGAACAAAAACCACCAACUCUUAAAACUACCGGAAAUAACGCUUUUAUUAAAUUUGAAGGAAUUAGCAGUUUAACGAAUUUUGUUUUACGCUACCGCGAAGUGUCCUAUGCAUGCGAUAGUGAAAUAGUUUUAACAAAAUUUGCCAACGCCACAGAAAUACAUUCUCCCAAUUACCCAAAUAUACCGCCGCCUCAUGUAGAGUGCAAUUGGAGAAUAAUGGCUCCGCCUGGUGAAAUUAUUCGCAUUGAUUUUAUUGACAGAUUCGAUUUAAAAAUCCAAAAUAAUUGUACAAACGAAUAUGUUGAAGUGCGCGACGGUGGUACUCAAUAUUCGAGACUAAUCGGAAAAUUCUGCGAAAAACCAAAUUCCCAGUUUAGUACCGAUAAUAUGAUGUUUGUGAAGUUUUUCACAGAGUUGAAUGACCCGAGUAAUGGGUUUAAAGCCAGGAUAGUUUUGGCCAAUUGUGGAGGGAGUAUUCAUAGUAAAACUGGUCAAAUUCAGUCACCAUUUUUCAACGUGCCUUCGAAAUAUCCAGUCGAUGUUAAUUGUACUUGGCAUUUAGUCUCACCAUCGAAUCACAAUAUGGAUAUUAAGUUUGAUAAAAUUGACUUGGAAGAAGCUUCGAAUUGUACACGCGUGGACCAUGUUAAAAUUUACGAAAGAAAUGAAGUUGACAACACAGAAUACAUUUUGGGCAAUUUUUGUGGUAAAAAGCUGCCAGGAUUAAUUCAGACCUCGGGAAGUGAAGCUAUAGUUCACUUCCAAACUGGUAACAUCAAAAAAGAAUUGGGUGGAUUUUCAUUGAAGUUCAACGCAAGCGCUGAAGUAUGUGGUGGUACUAUCGAAGCUUCAGAAGGUACAAUCAAAAGUCCGGGAUAUCCCAAUCCGCAUAGAAUUUAUAGAAGAUGUAGUUGGACAAUUAUAGUACCAAAAGGUCGUCGAGUGACUCUCAAAAUUGAAGAUUUUGGGUUAGACAAUCGAUUAAAAGGAUCAUGGCUUAAUGGCUUAAUUAUUUACCACGAUAAGAAUUUUAAAGGAUAUAUUAAAAAAGUUAGUGCAACUAACGAAGUUAUCGAAUCUUCAGAAAACCACAUGCACGUUUAUUAUUGGUCACCGGGGACUGCAGGAAGAGGUUUCAAAGCGAAAUUCACUUCCAACAACCCAUCUGUUUGUGAAGGCGACUUUAAUCAAGACAGUGGAACUAUAACCCAACCAAACAUAGACUACACGUACUUUUGUACUUACGUUCGGGAAAAGUAUCCGAGUAGUGAAACAUUAGCCUUGACAAUUACUACAGCAACAAAUGCUACUUGGCAAUCAUCUUCAAAAAAAUGUAUUUCUUACAUAGCGGCAAUUAAAAUAGAAACUGUGAAUGGUAAAAAAGAACUCUUUUCCGUAAACUGUAUUCCGGGUACAGCAGUUGUAAGAAUCCCAUAUUCAAAGAUACAARUCAGUGUUYUACAAUAUUCCWCUCGAAAUCAAKUUAACUUUACURUCUCCUAUCACACUUAUCAGUGUGGUGGAAUUAUAACCAGAGAAAUGGGUGAAAUAAAAAGUCCAGGUUACCCCAACAAAAAUUCGAAAUCCAUAGAAUGUAGUUGGCUGUUGCAAUUACCUAAAGAACAGACCAUUUCAUUAACAUUCAAUUCUUUAAAUUUGGGAAGCAACUGCGAGAAAAGUUAUUUAGAUAUUUACAAUGGRGAUUCGCCUAAAAGUCCCAAAAUAGACAGAUAUUGUCAACAUAACAAACCUGACACACUUUUAUCACAAACGAAUCAUUUAUGGAUCGAUUAUAAAUUUGAUGUCGAUUCAGAUAGCAAAGGAUUUAGUCUUAAAUACGAACCUAAAAUUCAGGGAUGUGGUGGAAUAUUUCAUGAUCGUGAAAGCAUUAUUCAAACUCCCUCUUUCCCUAAUGACUAUCCGAAUAACGCMGAAUGUUUGUGGGAAUUGAGAUGUGAUGAGGGGUAUCAUAUUGGUCUUAUAUUUACAACAAGAUUUCAAAUUGAAGAAACAGAUAACUGCGAAAAUGAUUUUCUAGAAAUCUGGGAUUGGAGAAAUAAUGAUUGGYUUUCGUUGGGAAGAAAAUGUGGUCGCGAAUUUCCCAGUACUGUUAAUUCGACAAGUAACAGAAUGAAAAUUUUGUUCAGAAGUAAUGAAAGAAUCACUGGUAAAGGGUUUAGGGCUCAAUGGGAGUGGAACUGUGGAGGCACUUUUAUUGCUGACAGAACCGAACGUUUCAUAGUGAGUCCUGGAUUUCCUCAAGAAUAUAAAAAGAACACAAUCUGUCAAUACAAUAUUACAUCCAAUCAAACACGUAAUCGUUUCAUAAAUAUUAAAUUUUACAAUUUCGAUCUUGAAGGCAGUGGCUCGUCUAACUGUCGUUACGACAACUUAACAUUAUCAAGAUUCUGGUUACCACGCAUGAACCGAUUUUACACACCUGCAAUCCAAGUUUUCUGCGGCCAAAAACUACCACCUCCAGUUCGUCUGACUGACUCUGUUUAUAUCCGCUUCCAAUCUGAUCCUUGGGUGCAGAAAACUGGUUUCAAAUUUUCAUACCAACUUGAUGACUGUGGAGGUCAGAUAAAUUCACCGACGGUUAUAUCAUCUCCUUUAAUGAAAAUAGAAAAAAAUUUCGGACUAUACAGUGGAUUCACGAGUUGCACUUGGAAUAUCACAGUGCCCCCAAAAAAGAACGUUGUUAUUCGAUUCCAAAAAUUCCGUUUCGAGUACAGAACUAGGUGUCAUUUUGAUCACGUAGAAAUAUUUGAGGGACCAGUGAGWACCAUAUCUAAGAGAAUUGCAAAUUUAUGUGGUGACUUGAAUCAAAAUCUUCCAACUAUCAAGUCGGAAAGUAACACAGUUUUAUUAGUCAUGAGCAGUGAUCGAACAKUGAAUCAUGAUGGCUUUGAAGCUGAAAUUUAUUUUGUUGAUGGGCCUGCUUUAGGGUGUGGAGGAAAAAUUGUAUUAAACAAGACGAUGACUUUACAAGCACCCAAUUUAGCCGACAUGGACUGCCUUUGGACUAUUCAAUCGAAAAUUGACUCAACUGUAAGAAUUCAUUUUGAUGAAUUAAAUUUACCUUCAAGAUGCGGUUUGACUAAUCACACGAUCACCAAUUGCAGUUGUGCAGCUCUUGAGGUAAAAGAUGGACACCCUAGUGUUGGAGAUUUAAUUGAGACGUUUUGUGGGAUCACAGACACACAUUACUCAAGAGAAAUUACAGUGUCUGGAAAUGUUGUGGGACUACGACUUCGAACAAGAGGAGCUAAUUCGAAAGCUUUUAAAGUAACUUUAACACCAGUCGCUUCAAUUUGUGGUCCAUUUUAUUUAAAUGUAACAGAAGAAAUUAAAACUUUGGUUUCGCCUGGAUAUCCAAACAAGUAUCCCAGUGACUUGAGAUGUACCUGGAUUCUCAAGGCAAAUACACGAUUUGUUAUUCGAUUUAUUGAUUUUGAUAUGAAUGAAGAAAAUAACCAGCAUGUUGUGAAUAAUGUUUGUAGUGAAGACAAACUGGAAAUUGUUGAUAAUUUGGACGCUCAGUACUCGACUACCGAUCUGGGCCCAUCAUUCACAGUUUCCGGUGACAGAAAGUUAACAACUGAUUUUUUGAGAUACGGAUAUCUGACUGGAAGCCAUCAGUUUUGCGGCAAAUCUGAAAAACCAUUUGAUUACUAUUCUCAGUUUUACCAAUUAAAGAUUAAAUUUAAAUCAGGAAAUCUAGACAAGGAUCGUGGUAAAGGUUUCAAACUUGAAUAUCAAACAACUGGAUGCAACCAAAAUUUCACGUCUUUGCAAGGACGUAUAGCCUUAAAUGAUGCGAAAACUUUCGAUUGUUUCCAAAUUAUAACAGUACCCAAAAACUACACAAUCUCGCUUUACUUCCAACAAAUUACCAUAUACCAAAGCCAAGGAUGUGUAAAUGGUGGUAUUGAGAUACGAGAAGGAAAUUCAAAGGGAACUUUAUUCCAAAAAGCUUGUGGUUAUUAUCUCCCAAAUCCCGUGUUUUCCACGACAAAUAAAUUGUGGAUACAUUCCUGGAGUAAAAACCAUAAUCUAGUAUCUUACAACCUUGUGUAUACUGCGUCUGAUCAAGGAAGAGGAUGUGGUGGUCUUAUAUAUAACUACAAAGGAACAUUUAGUAGUCCACUUCAUCCCAUGGCUUACAAAAAUAGCACUCCUUGUGUUUGGGAUGUGAGGACACCUAUUGGCAGAAGAGUUGCCCUCAAGUUUACUGUUUUUGAUAUACAAGGUGACUGUUCAGAAACGUAUGUUAAAGUGACUACUUACGAAAAGGAAACUUCAAAUGAUCACAAAUACUGUAAAAAUGACGAUCCGGCUGUAUUGUAUUCCAAUUCACGUAUUUCGAUUACGUAUCAGUCUUCGCCAAAGAAUGAUGGUUCAGGAUGGAUCGCAAUAUUUGAAGCAGUAAAUCAGUAGUUGAUGUUAUACUGUUUCAUGUAUGAAUUAUAAUCAAUAAAUUUGUAAACACUG